GUUGUGGGAAUGGGGAUGCGUCUCCCCGGGGGCGUUCGAACCGCAGAGCAAUUUUGGGACGCACUUAUCGAGAAAAAGGAUUGUUCGUCAGAGAUCACCAGAAAUCGAUACAAUGUGGACGGAUUCUAUAGUGCGGAUAAACCCGGGGCAGUGAAGACGCGAAGAGGGUACUUUCUCGAAGAUGACUACAUCGGAAACGCUGACUUGAACUUCUUCCCGGCAAUUCCUGGCUUUGAAAUGGACGAGCUAGACCCGCAACAGACUUUGUUGAUGGAGGUCAUUUGGGAGUGUAUGGAAAAUGCCGGCCAGACAGGCUGGAAUGGCAAAGAUAUUGGCUGUUAUGUUGGUGUUUUUGGCGAAGACUGGCAUGAGCUCACAGCAAAAGAGACACUGUCAACUCCCCGAGUGCAUGCAUUUGCUAAUGGAGGGUUCACGCUGUCCAACCGUGUCUCUUAUCAAUUCGAUCUGAAAGGCCCGAGUGCAACCAUCAUGACCGCAUGCUCAUCGUCCUUAACGGCUCUCCAUGAGGCCUGCCAGGCCCUACACGAGGGCAGUUGUUCCUCAGCCAUCGUGGCCGGAACCAAUAUGAUUCUAACGCCAACCAUGACCAUUAGCAUGUCUGACGGUGGGGUACUAUCUCCCGAUGGGUAUUGCAAGGCAUUUGAUGCUAGAGCCAAUGGUUAUGGGAGGGGAGAGGCUGUUAAUGCGAUCUACAUUAAGCCCCUGGGCCGAGCAAUGGCAGAUGGGGACAACAUUCGCGCGGUCAUCAAGGCAACAGCGGCAAACUAUGAUGGAAAAUCGGCCAGGAUUUUUGCCCCGGAUAUCAAAAGCCAGGAGCGACUGAUUCGUAAGGCUUACCAAAACGCGCAAAUUCUAGAUCCUUCAGAAACAGGCUUUAUCGAAUGUCACGGAACUGGCACCAGAAUUGGAGACGUAGUCGAGACAACAGCGAUUGCCCGAGUUUUCGGUUCACGAGGAAUGUACAUUGGAUCGGUACCACACCAAGUGAAAACCAAUUUCGGUCACGGGGAAGGUGCCUCGGGUCUCACAGGAGUGAUAAAGGCUAUACUGUCACUGGAGCGUCGCAUUAUUCCACCAAACAUGCAUUUUGCCCACCCUAACCCCAAAAUACCAUUUCAGGAAGGACGUCUGGCAGUUCCUACCGAGCCAAUUCCAUGGCCUUCUGAUCGGAAGGAGCGAGUCAGCGUCAACGGUUUCGGCAUCGGUGGUGCCAACGCACAUGUUAUUCUAGAGUCAUGGCCUACCCCGAGGGCUGAGGCCAUUGAGUCUGCUUCGGGGCAUGCUCAUAGAAACCGCUUGCUUGUGGUCUCUGCUGCAAGCGAAAGAGCACUCCAGGCUCGCUGCGAAGCAGUCCGGUCAUAUAUACUUGAGACGCCUUCCCGGGUUCCUGAUGUUGCUCACACUCUCGGAGCGUGUCGUGAGCACCUUCCUUACCGUACCUAUAUGGUAACUGAUGGUAAAAAUGUUACUUGCGAGCCUCAUUUGGCUCGAAAUGCAUCCUCUUCCUGCAAAACUGACAUAGUAUUCACAUUCUCCGGUCAGGGUUCGCAGUGGUGCGGUAUGGGGAGAGAACUUAUGGCAUCAUUCCCGGGCUUCAAGCUCGACUGCCUCACUAUGGACCAGAUAUUACAGGAAUUGCCUGAGCCACCCACAUGGAGCAUUGUUGAUGAACUCCAAACACAGGACGACCCACGGAAGCUGGAGCAGCCUGUAUCCUCACAGACCCUAUCUGCUGCCGUGCAAAUUGCAUUAGUUAAUCUCCUCAAAAGCUGGGGCAUAUACCCAGCGGCUGUAAUCGGCCAUUCUAGCGGUGAGAUAGCAGCUGCCUAUGCGGCGAAAGCGAUUCCUCUCCGAACCGCCAUAAUCUUAGCCUACUACAGAGGCCUUUGUGCUAUGUCUUGUCCACAAUCAGGCGGAAUGGCUGUUGUCGGUCUAGGAAGGAAUGUUGUUAAGAAGUAUCUCAAAGAUGGACUCGUGGUGGCGUGUGAGAAUGGCCCUGAGACGGUCACCAUCUCUGGUAACAGAGAAAGUCUAGCAGCUGUUGUGGAUCUGACCAAAACCGAUAACUCAGACAUUUUCACCAGAAUGCUACCUAUACCCGAUAUGAAGCAAGCGGCGUCUGCCUUCAGAGACCUGGUUGACCCUUAUAUUGUUUGCAAUGAUAGUAUGACGCCGCUGUACUCGACGCUUACAGGCUCGGUUGUCGACAAUCCCGCUCAGCUGAGUGCUAGCUAUUGGGGAGCCAACCUUGAGUCUCCAGUCCUUUUCGCCAGAGCUGUCGAGUCUCUCCUUGCUGCUAAGAAAGACAUAUCGAGGAUUUUCGUCGAAGUCGGACCCCAUUGUUCUCUCUCAGCGCCUNUGCACCAAAUCAUUGCUCGGCAUUCGUUGCAAACAAGUAAAUACAUCCCCACCCUACUGAUUGAUCAAGACCAGGUACGCUGCUUACUGCAAGCGGCUGGAGAGCUAUUCUCAACUGGGUAUGUUGUUGACUUCGUGGCAAUCAAUGGCAAAGGCCAAUUUGUUAGCUGCCUAUCGCCCUAUCCAUGGGACCGACAGAGCUUGAAUUGGAAAGAAAGUCGACUCAGUAAAACCUGGAGGUUUCGUCAGCAUCCACGCCACGAACUUCUAGGUUCCCGGAUGCUAGAAUCAAGCGAUAUUGAACCAUCCUGGAGAAACCUACUAAGCCUAGGGGAUGUGCCAUGGCUUGGUGACCAUUGUAUUAUGGGUGAAAUUCAAUUUCCAUGCGCUGGGUACAUUGGAAUGAUCAACGAAGCGGUCCGCCAAAUAUCCAGCAUGCAAGAAUGCACGAUCCGUAACCUGUGCAUUCAGGCUCCUCUUCUACUUCACCAGUGGGGAAAGAUUGAGAUUGUUACAAGCGCGAAGCCUAUCAAGAUCAGUGAUCGAGUAGUCUCUUCUUCCUACGAGUUCAGCAUUAUGUCUUACAAUGGGAUCGAGUGGAUCAAGCAUGCCGUAUGUCAGGCCGCAGCUGGAACGGCACCACUUAGUCGGGAUUUGGACUCAGAUAAUGAAUUCGCACGACCCGUAUCUUCCGAGAAGCUGUAUCAAGAGUUACGAAAACUUGGCUUGGAAUAUGGGCCUUUCUUCAGAGGUCUGGAAGACAUUCGAGCGGAUCCUUUAAGCUACAGAGCGACCGCAAUCCUCCGAACUGAAGACGUCCAUGCUAUACACCCUACUACAAUCGACAAAGGCCUACAACUCCUCAGUAUCGCAGCUUCAAGGGGGAAAGCAAUGCAGGGUUCAAAACCUCACGUCCCCGUGUUUGUGGAUACAAUUCUGAUCGGUCGUAAUCGACCGCUGGUGAAAGUAACAGCCUCUAUGGAAAGCCUCGCUAUGAGCCAGUCCAGGACCAAAAUUACCCUGACAGAUAAGACUGGUCGUAAUAAUGCAAAGAUACUCUCGAUGAAAGGGGUUCUACUCGUCCCAUUGGAGAGCAGCAUAAGGACUGGGUCCAACAAUAUCCCCUUGGCAACAUAUGGCGAAUGGCGCCCAGACAUGGAUCUGAUCUCAGUCCAGGAUCAGCUUUCUGGACUCAGAAGCUUGACUAACUCACGGGUGCGCACGAUUGUUGCAGCUUCAGCACUCAAUGUUAUUCAAAUACAUCGACUUCUCCAACAUACAGUUCCCUGCUCGGAAAAAUCGAAAGACUACCAACGCUGGAUCCAAAUUCAGAUGGACAAUAUACUGACCGACAAGCUGUCCAUUGUUGAGAAGGCAAGUACAUGGGCAACACUAGAGGAUGAUGACAUAUUGAAGGAGGCUGAAACCCUAAAUAAGGCUCUUGAAUCAGAGGGACUGAAACAUGUUUCAGACCUGUUCAAGGGCAUUCUAAACUCGACAUUGAAUGCCAUCCGAGGUCUCUGUGAUACCGAGUCUGUAUCUAGUUUGCACGGUUUGGCAGAAUGCGCCAACAUGUCGCCCACAAGUGACCUGUCCGUUUGGCUUUCUCUUGUCUCACAUUCCAAUCCGACGUUACGGGUUCUCGAGAUUGAAGCCAGUGAGACUUCUUUCACCUCCUCUGUUCUCGCACAGCUUCAAUCGCCAGGUGAAAGACUAUACUCAAGCUAUACAGUCACGAGGCUGAGUAUGAUUGAUGAGCAUCCGAAAGAACAAUUAAACGGUCAUACGCAUCUUAACUUCCAACAGCUGGACAUUACCCAAGAUCCUCUGCUGCAAGGAUUUCAGAAAGGAGCUUUCGACUUGGUGAUAGCCUCUAGAAUGUGUGUUGAGAAAUCAGGACUGGAAGCUUCGUUACGACACAUCAAGAAGCUCCUUGCAAGCAAUGGGAGUCUCCUACUCCAUGUACCAAGUCCAGAUCUCCCUGUCGUGGAAAACGCAUGCAGGUUUUUAUCAUUGACUGAGUGCGGCAAGCACAAUGCCCAGUCAGAAAGAGACUGUCAGUCUCUUGAUGCAUGGCAUAACUCACUUUUGCUGGCAGGGUUCACCGGAGCUGACGCGUAUUCAUACGACGUUACGAUUCCUUAUCAGCCACACUAUAAUAUAAUCUCACGUAUCCCAGACCAGACUACAGUGAAGAAGACAAAGGUAAUCUACCUUCUAUGCAAGACUAAGAGGCACGAUCAUCCGUGGAUUUGCAAUGUGGAAGCCGAACUAGAACAAGCAGGCUAUUACACCGAGCGAUGCGUACUUGGGCAAGAAUUAUCUCCCCAUCAAUGCGUUAUUUCCUUUUUGGACCUUGAUAGCCCCUUCUUCAAGGACCUAGACAUGCAAAUCUGGGGCUGGUUUCAGUCCUUCAUCAAGUGUUCUCCUCGUGUACUUUGGAUUACGCCAUCCGUCGAACUCGGGUGCCAUGAUCCCGAAUUUGGAAUUGUACUUGGGGCCUCACGAACAGUGCGACAGGAGGAAGCUCUCCAUUUCGGUACACUGCAGAUAGAUCAAUUCGACGAGACUGCAAUCAGGCCCACUUUGAGAGUAUGCAAGAAGUUUUUCGAAGCAACUGAUGGCCAGGACACGGUCGACAUAGACUACGAGUUUGCUUUGCAUGAUGGGAUUGUUUAUAUCCCAAGGUUUCAUUGGGAGUCACUGUCUGACCAUCUUCUUCGGGAGCCGGAUCCUACAGUUCCCAUCAAAUUAGACGUUGGUACAUAUGGUUCGAUGAACUCGCUUGGUUGGGUUGAACAUGAAUCCGGUCUUCCUGGGCCACACGAAGUUCUGGUGGAUGUCAGUUAUGUUGGCUUGAACUUUAGAGAUAUAAUGAUUCAAUUGGGAUUCAUGGCGAGCAGGGAUGAGUUGGGGGUCGAAGCCAGUGGCAUCGUCCGCCAAUGUGGCAGCAACGUGAAGCAAGUGAAACCUGGCGAUAAGGUCAUGCUACUUCGGCCUGGGCUUUUCUGCUCCCGUUUAUGCGUACCCGUUUCCACCUGUGUACGUCUACCCGCGUGGUGUUCGUUGGAAGAUGCUGCUUCGAUGGCUGUGGCAUACGGGACAGCUCUCUACUGUUUGACAGAUAUUGCUCGGCUGGAAAAGGGCCAGUCAGUGCUGAUCCACGCAGCAUGUGGAGGCGUUGGGUUGGCUGCGAUCAGCUUGUGCCAGAUGCUUGGUGCUGAGAUAUAUGCAUCAGUCGGCAGCGAGGAGAAAGCUUCGUAUCUUGUCAAGACGUUCCACAUCCCCCGAGAUCGGAUCUUUAAUUCGAGAGACUGCAGUUUUCUUCCGGGAAUACUGCGUGAAACGGAUGGCCGCGGGGUCGACGUUGUGCUCAACUCGCUAGCGGGAGAGCUUCUGCAUGCAUCGUGGUCAUGCGUCGCAGAGUUUGGUAAGAUGAUAGAAAUUGGUAAGCGAGAUAUCUUAGAGCAUGGGAAGUUGCCAAUGGAUGCUUUUGGUGGUAACCGGGCCUUUUUUGGUGUGGAUCUUAUAAGGCUGGGCCAGAAACCUGGAGCCUUUACGAGCUUGACAUCUCGAGUGAUGGAUCUUUAUGAAGAAGGCAAAAUAUCCCCAAUUCGCCCAUUGAAGACCUUCGAGGCCUGCGAUAUCAAGGAAGCCUUCCGAUAUAUGCAAAACGGACUCCACAUUGGUAAGAUUCUGAUAAGGAUACCUCAAAGUGCAAAUGGCCUUGAUGUUGCCCGAUCCCGACGGAAUGUAGAUCUCUCACCCGAUUUAGCCUAUGUUUUGGUCGGUGGUCUUGGGGGUAUUGGACAGACGCUCGCAACCUGGAUGGUGGAGAAGGGCGCCCGGCACCUAGUCCUCCUCUCGCGGUCCGCAGGCACAUCUGCCCGAGAUCAGUCUUUCGUACAUGAACUGGAGAUUCAGGGAUGUACGGUUGUACUGGUCAAAGCCGACGUGUCGGUCUUGGAGGAUGUGAUGUCUGCCAUUCGCUCCUGCCCUCGCCCGAUUGGUGGAAUCCUCCAACUAUCGAUGGUUCUUCGAGACCAAUUCGUCCAAAAUAUGACGCAUAAGAACUGGCAAGAUGUGCUGGCUUGCAAGGUCGCAGGCACCUGGAAUCUGCAUCAUGCGCUACAAGGUCACGAUGCGCACCUGAGGUUCUUUGUCCUCUGUGGUUCCAUUUCAGGUGUCUUAGGUAAUGCAGGCCAAAUCAAUUACACCUCAGCCAAUGCCUUUUUGACCUCCUUCACGCAGUAUCGCCUGCAGCUUGGGCUUCCCGCCUCAGUUGUCAACCUUGGCGCUGUAGGAGAUGUGGGAUACAUUGCCACACAAAAUCCAAAACUACGAGAAAGGAUGAGCUCAGGAUCCGUACGCCUUUUGCAGGAACAGGACGUUCUGGAAGCAUUCGAACUCGCUAUGUUCAAGAGCCGGUCAAGAGCCCCCUUGCAUUUCACUGAUGGUGCCAUCAGAGUGCCAAACAAUAUCAUCGUGGGUAUGAGCAGCACCGGAUCCCUGGCUAAUCUCUCGGUCCGUCCGCUUUGGGGCCAAGAUGCACGGUUCGGCAUCUACCGGAAUCUCGACGAGGACGUCAACAAAGGCCCAGCCCAGUCGUCCUUAGACAAUGCAGCAAUCAUGCGGGACUUCCUAGCAUUGAUCGAAAGACGACCUGAGAUCCUCGACACUGAUGACAUGGCCAACACACUACUUGAACACAUGGUCAGGGGCAUACAGGAGUACUCCAAGUUUGCUCAAGAUCUCAGCUACACUGAGGUGGUUGCAAUGCCCAUUGACUCGUUGAUGACGGUUGAACUUCGCAAUUGGUCACGUCGCAACUUAGGUGUUGUGUUGUCUCUGACGGCUAUCAGCAAGGCAGGUACUAUUGGAGGCCUGGGUGAGCUGGCGCUGGCGUCACUGCGUUCGAAGUAUAGCAAGCAGUGA